CUCCUAUUUCGGAGGUAACCACGUGUUUCUGUUUUGACAGUUGACCGAACAGGUGAUAUGGUUUAGAGUUACACUUAUCAGGUGAAAUUCAAUUAAAAUGUCGCACAUUUUAAGGAGGACGAUACACUUGACACACAAAUCAUUAAAAAGAGGAACACAACUUAAUUUUUCUUUUCGGUGCGCGUCAACACUUGACAUUAGUGGUGUUUAUCCUCCAAUUGCAACUCCUUUCAAUGCAGACGAAUCGAUUGCAUACGAUAAACUGGAGAGGAACCUGCAGCAGUGGAACACGAUUCCUUUCAAAGGAUAUGUGGUGCAGGGAUCUAAUGGAGAAUAUGCAUACUUGACCCCCGAGGAAAGAGUAGAAAUGAUGAAGAAAGUUGUUCAGUGGGUCGGAGACAAAAAACUUAUCAUUGCAGGCUCAGGAUGUGAAUCAACAAGAGAUACUGUAUCUAUGACACAGAAAAUGGCAGAUGUUGGAGCUAAGGCAGCUUUAGUCGUAACACCAUGUUAUUAUAAGGGAGGAAUGAAUAAUACAGCUCUUAUCAACCAUUACACAAAAGUAGCAGAUACCAGUCCGAUACCAGUUAUAUUGUACAGUGUACCAGGAAACACAGCUAUAGACUUGGCACCAGAAGUUAUCAUUAAAUUAUCUGAACAUAAAAAUAUUAUUGGAUUAAAGGACAGCGGAGGAGAUAUAGGUAAAUUAGGAUCAUUAGUGUAUGCAACACAGAAGAAUGAUUUUCAGAUAUUAGCAGGAUCAGCCAGCUUCUUGUUUCCAGCUUAUGCAGUUGGUUGUGUAGGUGGAGUGUUAGGUUUAGCUAAUGUCCUAGGAAAAUCUUGUUGUGAUUUAGAACAGCUGUACAAAGAUGGUAAAAUGGAGGAGGCCAAACAACUACAGCACAGACUCAUAGCACCUAAUAUGGCUGUUACCAAAAGAUUUGGAGUUCCAGGGUUAAAGGUUGCUAUGGAAUGGUUUGGUUACUAUGGAGGUCCCACAAGGUCACCUUUACAACCAAUUGGACAAUCAGACAUUGACAUAUUAAGAAAUGUUUUCAAAUCAAAUGGAUUUUUAGACUGAUUUGAACAUUUUUUACAGCAUUAUGAAUAUAACGGAAACUAUAAUUCAAUAUUUGUAAAAUGUUAUUGACUGUUAAAUGGUGAUUAUCUUGAUUGCAUUUACUGGCGAAAAUAUAUUAUUUUAAUAGCAGAAAGUGAUUAUUCUGAUUGCAUUUAUGACAAAUGUUGGCUAUCAUGUUUGUAUCUACUGUUAUAUAGUGAUUAUGUUAAAGGGUAUCGCCAUGAUUGCAUGUAUUGUGUGAAAUAAUUAUUCUGAUUGCAUUUAUUGUCAAAUGGUGACUAUCAUAUUUACAUUACUGUUAUAAUGUGAUUACCAUGAUUGUAUGUGUUCUUAGAAAGAAUGAUUGUUUUUACGGUAAACAUGGGGAGAGAUAUGAUUGCAUUUACUGUAAACAUAAUAAAAUGUGUGAGUGGUAUUUUAUAAGAGCUCUGCAAGUCAGUACAGAACCAGUUACACAUAUAUGCUCAUAUUAGAUAACUUAUCCAG